AUGGCGGAUGCGAGGGCGCAGAUCGCACAGGCAGAGGCCUUCAAGCAAGAGGGCAACAAGCGCUUCAAGGAGCAGAACUUUCGGGGCGCGCUUGGCAGUUACCACAAGGUGUUCUGCUACGUGAACGGUCUCCAGGUGCCUGGAGAGCGAAACGAGGCAACGCAGUAUGCGGAAAUGAUGGGCUUGGAGCCCAGUGCGGCCAGCUCCGAAGUUUUUGAGUCGGGAAAGAGGUCGGCAAGUUGGGCAAAGCUAUGCCAGCUUAGUCGCAGUUGGCUCAAAAGGUGA